AUGACCUCAUCAUCUGUUUCCGCCUUCUGCGCUGUUUUGCUUGUUCAGGUGAUAUCUGGACAAUACAUCAACAACCCCGCCUGGAACCAGCCAGCUGCGUUUGGACCAGCAUGGGGCAACCAAUACGCCGCAGAAGCCUACAGUCCGGCCAUGCUUGCUGCAUCCAACGGCUGCGGUCUCGCUGUAUCCAGUUCAUCUCCCAUUGCCCCAUUCGGAGUUACCAUGACAUCAGAGAAUGCUAUCGAAGGACCAUUGGCUGUAGCUGGACAGAUACCUUUCCUUGGUGCUGUGGAAGUCGACGGCAUGUUACCAACAGCGGGAGCUGGUGCCAUUUCCUAUGGCUGCGGCAACGGCCAGGUCGCCAUAUUAGCUGAAGAUAUGGCUGGGUACGGCGCGAUUGCCCCAGGAUACGCUGGCCCAUACAACAGACCUGGCAUGUACUAUUAA